CAAACGAUAUCUCGUAGGAGAGUUUAACGGCACGCUUGUCGUUUAUCCGUUAGUUCGUAAUAUUUAUGCUUGAAAAUAUACAGAAUGAACAGAUUCGAAUAUGACAUCACAACUCUGAUAGAAUGCGUUGAAGAAAGACCCUGUUUAUGGGAUCAAUUCAGGGAAGAAUAUAAGGAUACGCUACUGAAGAAGAAGGCAUGGCGGGAGGUAUUCGAGCAUCUUCAAGAAGAUUACAACCAAUUGGACUGGUCAAGUCAAAAAAAAAUUGGAGACGCCAUUAAGUCGAAAUGGCAGAAUAUAAGGGAUGCCUUCGUGAGAUCACUCAGGCGUGAAGGUGAUUCAGGAUUUCAUCGAAAAUAUAUCUAUUAUGACGACCUCCAUUUUUUGCUGAAAGUUCUACAGAAAGAUGACUAUUUAACCAAUAUGGUCAAUAUGGAAGACGCGGAAAUCAAAGUUGAGUGCGAUCCGAUCUCACUAGACGCUCCAUCGACUUCCAAAGAAGUGUCGUGUCAAAAUCCAAUAACCUGGUCGAAUACGAAAAGGAGACGACUAGAAUUUCUGGAACUGGAAACCUCGCAGAAGCCCAAAACGGAAUCUUCAACAUUAGACGAAGACGAAGCUUUUUUUUUGUCCUUAUUACCUUCCGUGAAGAAAAUGUCCGAUGACGAAAAGUUGGAUUUUCGAAUGGGCGUCCUCCAGGUUAUUCAAAAAGUGAGGCAGAAACGGAAUGGAAUUGCGAGUGAAUAUAAAAAAUCCCCUAAGAAUUCAUAACUGAUUUUCCCGGAAAAAGUG